UUCAUAUCUUCCAUCCUCGCUAUGGCAAUUUUUAGCAUUUGGGCCCUGCAUCUCCACACCGACACCGAGGAUCACCUGUUCGAAGUCGACGGGGAACACCCGGGUUUCACUAAAGUCACUACCCACAAUGACCCCUGGAAUAUCCCCAUUUAUACCCAGUCAAUCAGAGUCUCGGACUUUGGCAACGUGAAAAUCCCCACUAUCCAGGCCGUCGUGGACGCCACUCCGGUCGACCACGAGACCCUCGAAUGGGAUUGCCGAUACUACGUACUUGAAGUGCUUGAGGGGUGUGAGCGCGAAAUGGUCAUCGAUGAUGACGAUUCCUAUUAUGUCGAAGCAAUCGAUAUCCUGGGCAGUAAGCGGGGCUCAAUACUCCGAUCCUCGGCAUGCAUGUAAUACAAAGAACGGAGGAACAGACAAAGGAAACACACCCAAGAACAGCAUCG